GCCCCUCCUUCCUUCACUGAAGCCUGCAGUCUAGAAAGUAGGGAGUGGGAGACUGCUUGUCAGUUGUACUGUUCAGACAUUGCCUCUCCUGUGUAUAAGCCACUGCAGUCUUGCUUCAGUCUGAUCCUGUUACGGGGGUAGAGAAGAAACCUGAAGAGUACUAAGAGAUGGCGGCUAUUCGAAAAAAGCUGGUAAUCGUAGGCGAUGGUGCAUGUGGAAAAACCUGCCUCCUUAUUGUGUUCAGCAAAGACCAAUUCCCUGAAGUCUAUGUCCCAACUGUUUUUGAGAACUAUAUUGCAGAUAUAGAAGUCGAUGGCAAACAGGUGGAACUGGCUUUGUGGGACACAGCGGGACAGGAGGAUUAUGACAGACUGCGCCCACUUUCUUACCCUGACACUGAUGUUAUCCUGAUGUGCUUCUCAAUCGACAGCCCAGACAGUUUGGAGAACAUUCCUGAGAAGUGGACUCCAGAAGUCAAACAUUUUUGCCCCAAUGUGCCCAUCAUUCUUGUUGGAAAUAAGAAAGAUCUGAGAAAUGAUGAACACACCCGAAGGGAGCUGACUAAGAUGAAACAGGAGCCAGUAAAGCCAGAAGAUGGUCGAGAAAUGGCAAACCGGAUUAAUGCCUUUGGUUAUCUCGAGUGCUCUGCCAAGACUAAGGAUGGCGUUCGGGAGGUAUUUGAAAUGGCCACACGGGCAGCUCUACAAGUCCGGAAACAUAGAAAGAAGCAGCGCUGCUCUAUUCUAUAAGCAACGUCUCGCAGCAUGUUGUGGAGACCAAUAUGAGAACAAAUGGAAUAGCUUCUUUUGCUGCUGUAACAACUGCAAUUCAAUGUCAGAUACUCCAGUAGCAAAGAGCUAUAUGCACCGUCUGUACUGUAACUAUAUGUAUCUCUGUUCUGUUUUAUUUGUUCUCCUACCUAUAGAUCAAUCUAGUAUAAGGCAUGUUUGGGGUUGCGGAACCAGUCUUUGGGAUGGCGCUAAGUAGGAAUGUAGAUAUGGUGCCUCUUGCCCUUAAGUCAGAUGCCCUUUUUUCCCAUUCCUGUUUGAAAAGUAAAAAAAGCACAUGUGGGAUUCUGGAAUAACUUUUUUUAUGUGCCAUAAUCUUGAGCUGGAAUAUUUUUGACCUGGUGAAUCCUGCUUGGGAUUAGACACCUGCAAAAAAAUGAAUGGCGUCUGUUAACCUUGCAGCAAGUUAUCUUGCUUUCAUAGAGAAUUUGAGAAUGUUUUUCUGUAGUACAAUGUCAUGCACAAACAAAUUGCACUAUACGGUUACUGCAGUUAUGAGUAUUUGUUCUCUCUGGGCAUUCCUAUUUCCUUAAUUCCUUCUCUACUGGUUUCCAUAUAAAAAUGAGCCAGAAGGAAUCUGUAAUAACCGAAUUGCUCUAAAUUCCAAACCGGAACAAUUUAUUUGGCGAAUUAGGUUUCUGGAACUUAAAAGAAUAUAUAUAUAUGGUUUUUUUUCUGGGGGGGGGGGUAGCUCUUGUAAAUUCUUGAGUAUUUUGGCCUCAACAUUGCAAAAACAAAAGUGAAAAUCAGAUUGUAUGAUCUGCUGUUAACUGAAAAGAACACUAGGCCACGUUGUUUGCUCAGCGAGUCUAUUUGCUGUCACAGAUUUUAGACUUGUCUAUCACAUUUAAGCAACUGCUCCUUUUGUAGUAAGAAAUCCCAGGAACCACUUUCUGCCAGUCUCAUAAGAUUAACCACUGAGGUCAAGUGACGUUUGCACAAUUUAAAGGCACUCGAACCAGCCCACAGCAUAAGCACAUUUUUUUUUUCUUAUCGUACAGAAAAAGCACAUCUAGAAGAUAGGGUUUCUGAGUAAGACAGUAGGGGGUUUUGGGGCUGAGGAGGUGACCUCCAAAUGUAUAUUAAUGAGGCUCCCUCUAGUGCAGGGCAUCUAUGAAAAUAUAUUACUAAAGGGCCCAUACCAGAGACCUUGUCAAGCAGUUAACUUAAAAAAAUAGUAAUUUAUGGCAUCCUAAUUUUAAUCUCUUUCCUCUACUGCUCCCUCUAAACAACGCCUCUUAUCCACACCAUUGCUAACAAUGCACACAUUAUACACCAGCAUUUUUUGAUAACUAUAAUAACCAAGUUGCAAAUUCACUUAUCUGUGCUUUGAUUGUCUACUGAUAACAUUUUUAUGUUUUGUAUAGUGAUAAUUCAAACUAGCUUUACCUUCUCAAGUCUUUUAGCUUGUGUUCUACAACUCUGCCUUUUUAAUUCCUUUAUAACAAAAUAAUAAAGCCUAUAACUGUAAGAUAACAUAUUUUUUUUGUUUGUUUUGUAUUUUGUUCUUUGCCUGACUGCCUGUAAAGUUGGAAAUUGACACGUGACUUUUCGAAUGUAAAGAAAAAAAUAAACCAUGUACAAUGAAAAAAUAAAUAAAUGCAAAUUGGUAUUUUAA